AUGCCAGAGCAGAGUCCGGUCAGGCUCAGGCCGACCCGAGGUGCCGAGGUGUCGCAACUUUGGCGUCUGCUGAACUAUUCGAAGCAACUGACGCGACAUGGCGCCGUCAAACCGUUCAUGCUGCACUGCCCCACUCACCGCGGUAAUACGACACCGGGCGCGGGCGAGAGUCGUUCGGUCGUGGAGCUGCGGCGAGCGGAGGCGCGCGAGCGAGUGGCCGGCGCGGGCCGCCGUCGCCGCCGCCGCGCCGCGUCCCCGCCCCGCCCCGCCCGCGCCCGCGCAGCCUGCGAGGACGAUACCCUCGCAAACCAGCUACGCUAA